GGGGUUGCGGCUUGCACCUUGGCAGAUGGUCUUACCCAGAGUGCAUUGUUUUCAUUUAGCCUCUCAUUUGUCUGUUGUAAUUGGAUCCCAGUGGGGGAGUCCGGAGCUGCUGCCUGCCUGCCUGCCUCCCUGUUCUGGUUUUAUUGUUACUGAGUGACAUCAGGAUUGUUUGUUACAGUAAAGCGUCUUACUGACAAUGUGGAACACAACAGCAGGGGACUUAUAGACACACCUGGAUUUGUCUUGUUUUUCCUAAAAUACGGAAAGAUCUGCAAAGCAUUUAAAAGAACAACAUACUUGUGUGAGGGAUUUGGUGCCCUGAGCUACUUUCAUGCGUCUCCCUGCCUCCGACUCCCAAACCACAAUGAACUGUGAGCAAGACCUUGUCGAAGGGGGGCUGAACGUCACCCUCACUCUGAGGCUCCUCAUGCACGGAAAGGAAGUUGGCAGUAUUAUAGGAAAGAAAGGAGAAACGGUGAAAAGAAUUAGAGAAGAGAGUAGCGCACGUGUCAACAUCUCAGAAGGGUCCUGUCCAGAAAGGAUCAUCACCAUGACAGGCACAAUGGACGCCGUGUUCAGAGCUUUCACCAUGAUUACACUCAAACUGGAGGAGCAGGAUCUCAGCACGUUGGUUUCGAACGGCGCAGUCACCAGUAAACCUCCAGUGACCCUGCGGCUCGUCAUCCCAGCCAGCCAGUGUGGCUCGCUCAUAGGCAAGGGAGGCUCCAAGAUCAAGGAAAUCAGGGAGAGCACAGGUGCACAAGUUCAGGUAGCAGGAGACCUACUACCCAACUCCACAGAGCGAGGUGUGACGAUAUCUGGUACGCCGGAUGCUAUCAUACUGUGUGUCAAACAGAUCUGCGCAGUCAUUCUUGAGUCUCCGCCUAAAGGUGCCACCAUUCCAUAUCGCCCCAGUCCCUCCCCAGGUUCAGUAAUUAUCUCAGGCAAUCAGGUUCUCAACGAAGCCCAUGAUUUUGGUUUUCACCCAUUCUUUUCCAUGGCUCAAGAAAGUCUGCAGCUGCAACAUCAUGCCUAUUCACUACAGAACCAAUACGGCAUUCCACAUUCAGAGUUGGUCAAGCUCCACCAGCUGUCUAUGCAGCAGGGCACCCUUGCUCCCAUGGGCCAGACGACCGCUGCUGUCCUUCCUGGAAUGGAGGCCACUUCUCAGACAACAUCCCAGGAGCUUCUCAUUCCAAAUGAUCUGAUUGGCUCCAUCAUUGGCCGGCAAGGAAGCAAAAUCAACGAGAUCAGACAGGUGUCUGGAGCACAAAUCAAAAUCGGCAAUCAGCUGGACGGUACGAGCGAUCGUCACGUGACCAUCACCGGCUCGCCAGUCAGCAUCAACCUGGCACAGUACCUCAUCACCUCAUGUUUAGAGACCGCUAAAUCCACCGCCCAGCCCUCCUCCAUCACGACCCCCGUUGACCUCAACAUGACCUUCACCCAGCCUGCCUCCCCCACCUCCAGCUCGGCUGCAGCGCUAGCGGCAAUGAGCGGCAUGCCCCAUGGGCACAUGCUGGGGGCUCCCUACGCCCUUCCCCUGUCCAGCCUCCUGGGAAUGAAAUCCGUCCCCUUCCUCACUUUGUCUGCACCCUCUGCUGCAUCCCACGGGACCUUAGCUUCCUAUACGUCCAAAAUCUCCUCCGCCAACAAUGGGAUCAAGAAGCCAGAGAGGCAGAAGUUCGCCCCCUACUGAAAGACGGAAGGAAGGACGCCCUCUUUUUUAUUUUUUGGCAUUUUAGAAAGCUGGAUGUUAGCUAGAACUGUCCGAAUGACUGUAGCCCUUUGUUUGUGCCCAUAUUUAGAGAUGACUUGUAUAGCUUUAAAAGAUGUAACCCCUUUCAGAAGACACUGGAAGACAUACCUGCCAACAUUGCGGCUUUGACUCACAGACUACUCCGCAGAAAUAAAAUUCCUAUUUAUUGAUUUUAAUAUAAAAAUCCCCAUUUACAGUUUGUAAAUUAUACACCGAUAGUUGAUUUUAUGUAUCUAGAUUUGCUUUUAUAAAAUAACGACGCUUUAAAUGCUUGUAAAUGUUUGUUUGCUGUUUUUUUCUAUAUAUGAACAGUGUAAAUCUGGUCAUUUGAUCAAAAUUAUUAUCAUUUUUUUUGUUUUGUUUUUGUAAAUUUGCUACAAGUGGUUGGGGGCUUAUUGGUCAAAUGCUUUUCAAUUCCCAAAUGUUGGCAGAUAUGCAUUACAAUAAUUGAUGCUCUAUAUAUCAAGUUUUGAUACAAGACAGCUCCACAAAGCACUCUCCAAAAGGCUUUUGGCAGUUCCUAUUAUGCAGCUGUAAAAAUAUGUUAUUCGUAAUGGGGAACCUGUAAUUGAUGCAGAGUUUGUCCUAAAAAAUAAUAAUGAUAUAAAUAUGUACUUAGAGAGUUUUUUUGUUGCCACUUUCCACGAUAUACAUUAUUGAAACUGGAUUUUAAAUGAUGUGGGUAUGGAAAAAUGAAAAGCUUGUUCUGUAUUCCCAUAAAAUCUUGUUCCUAAAUGUUUGUGGCAAAUGGCAUCCACUAAAGAGUGUUGCGACUUUUUUUAUUAUUCUAAUUAUUAUAGACUGGUUUGCAUGAAUAUGAGACUCGCAGGACAGGCUGUCUAUGCAAAGAUUCUGUUCAGCUGUGGUUCUGAAGUGUUGCUCAUAUCCAGAGAAGUUUACAUGAUGCUCAUUGGGUAGCAGAAUGGGCACUGGCAUUCAAGUUAGAUGCCAGCGCUGUUCCUGCUCUGUGUCUAAAGAGAGUUCAGUCCUCAGUGCUGUCACUCCAGCACCUUUCACAAGAACCGAAUUUAUUACAAAAACAAUUCAGUAAAAUGUUUGCACUUGAAAUUUUUAUUUUUCAAUGAAGGCCAAAAAUUGUUUUACUAAUGAAUAUGUUUUCUUAUACAGGCUUUUCAUUUUAGACAUUUUGUGAACCAGGUUAUUUUAUUUAUUAUCAUUUUCUUUUGAUCAAUGCCGUUAAAUAAAUGAAUACUGUAUUAA